AGAUAGUAGUAUCGCGCCGAUAUCCCCCGCAAGCUGGACAACCUGCCGUAAUGCGAAUGAAAUAAUAUAAAAACAAAACAAACAAAAACAACAAAAACGUUUAAAAAGGUAAAGCAAAGAUACAAAACAAACAAAAAAACACAUAAAAAGAAUACAACCACGCGGAUGAAAAAUGAAAAAUGAAGUGUGUGAGUGUGUGUUAAUGAAUGUUUUGUCGUUUGGUGCGGCAAGUGUGUGUGUUGAGCCUUAAAGUAAAAGAAGAUUAUUUGAAGGUCCUUAACUGCAAUGGCAAAAGCAAAACAGCGGAAAGGGGAAGAUGAGUCACCUGUCAGUCUGCAUUGCUGCAGAGCUACCACGACGAUUGGGCUCAAACAUGUCCAUCACCAUGGUAACGGCUGUGUAGAAAACAAAGAGAAAUGGUAAGCGCUUGCCUGCAGCGACUUGUCAGCUUCUGCCAGUAUGACAGUGUAAGCCGUCCUUUUACGAAGCUAAAACAGAAAAUUUUAGGGACGCCGUGUGUGUUGCUGUUGCCUACCAAUGGCGGACGAUAAUUCCUGGGUGUUUGAUUCGCUGGUGUGCUUUCUGCACGGUCCCGUAUGGAAUGCUCCACUGCAAACCUUCAUCGAGGAUAAAUCGAUUAUUUUCGAUCCCAACCUGCAGCCGGACGAGAACAAUCCCGAGUUCCGCAAGGUGCACGAUGAGUACAAGAAUCUGGUCGACUACAUGCUCGGUUCGUUCAUGGAGGAGAUGCAAAUAACGCCCGAACAGUUUGAGUUUGCCUGUCUCGAGGGUCGGCAUGUGGCCAACCUUGGUGGUGGUGGUGGUGCUGCUGCUGCACGGGCUGCAUCCGCCGGUACAUCGAGUGAUGAUCGGACGGAACAGUCCGGUGCGGCCAGCACGUUUUCCUUUCAUCAGGGCCUAUUUCAGCAGAUAUGGGCCGCCAAUGAUAUACGCAUCUUCAUACGCAUGAUGGUACAGCGUAACGUGGAGCUGCAGCUGCAGGCGUUAGAUUUGAUUGAACGACGCUCGCAAAGUAUGUCGAAGCGUGAGGAAGAAGCCGCCGCUGGUCCGGCGCAUGAUGAUGACGUACCGCCAGAGCUGCAGCUCGAUGUAGACCGUGAACUAAAGGAUCCACCACCCGUGGAGGGUGAUAUCGAGCGGGAUAUUCUAAAGUCGGUCGAAAACGAGCUGAAUGUUUCGGGAUCGGAUGCGGAUGCAAUUGCCACGCCGGCGAUCGUUCGGCAAUCAGUGCUGGAGCAGACGCUAGCGGACGGUGGUGAGCUGUCGGCCGGGGAAAAGGAUAAAUUUCAACGCUUGAAUUUGUUUUUCGAUCAAGAGAAGAUCAAUAAUGAAGAUAUGAAAGCACGCCAGGAGUACUUGCGCUCGCAGCGGGACAAGAUACUGACCAUCAAAAAGCAGGCUCGUGCUCGACAGCUGAACGAAACGAUCCGCAAAAACGAACGUCCAACAUCGGCUCAGGUCGCACAAAAGUUUCUGGACGGUGAAACCGAAUCGGUAUCGGUGGAACCACCGGAAGGAUCGCUCCAGCUACGAAAGCUGCUGGCCCAACGGCUCCGGAACGAGGUGGCUAUCGACAAGGAGUAGGGUGGGGUGGUGUACUUUACGCCUCACGCGCUCGCGGCUUAUCAGCAGUCCCAGAUCGAUACGAAUCGAGUGUGUGGAGUGAAUAAUACAUUUGCAAACAUGGCGGAAGUGUUCAAUGUGUGUGUGUGACUGUGUGUGUAUCCGUGUGAUUGUAGUGGGUAGACAUUUCAGUUGGAUAGCAUGGAUAAACGGGGGUUUGAAAUAAUUGUAAGGCUGGUAGAGUAGACAAUUUGGUUGAUCGCGGCGCUCGAUUGAAUCAUUUGAAAGGGGUGGAAAUAGAAAUAAAAAUUUGUUUCAAACAUUGAAUUUAUCAUAAAUGAGAAGUUAGUAAAAAUCUAAAUCGAGAUGUCGACAGUAUUCUAACGGUUUCUACUACUUUCUUUUACACAGCGCCAUCUAUUGUAGAGUAGCAAAAGUGUAACAGAUCAGAGUAGGCUUUUCAUGCUUUUAAGUGAAUGCCCUGCGGUAUACGUUUAUUACAGGGUAUCCCAAUUUUUUUUUUCCUACACCUUUUGGACCUGUUUUUCAAAAUGUCCUUAACAAAGAGAAAGCAAGUGUUUCGGAAAACACAAGCGAAUUCAAAAAUAUGGAAAACCCUCGAGACGAAACUAAAAUUAUCUGGGAAAGCAUCAGUAAACUCUUGGAGAUCCUGUUAUUAUUCGUACCGAUUUUUACCAUGUUUUGUAUUAUUAGCAGACAUGAGAAGAGGUGUGAGGACUGGGGCUGCUAGAGCCUCGACCGGACCGGUUGAUCCCUUAAAUUUGCGUUACAUUUAAUAAUUAAUUUAUCUAAUUACAUUUAUUACUUACCAUAAUAAUUUAAUCCUUUCCAUGAACCUUUCUUUCCCAUCGUAUAAAGCAUUUCACACAACGGAAAAAAAACCGCUCGUCACUUAUCUGUCCAAAGAUUCAUCGUACUUUACUGAUUUAUUUUGUGUGUAUGUCUGUCUGUCUCUUUGCUCUGCUCAGCCAUUUGCUCACCACCACAACCACCAUCACCAUCUACAUCAUCUCCUGAUACGCACGGCACACAACACCGGCGAUAUCGGUGACUUUAGUUGCAAGUUGUAAAGUUGUUGCUCCCUCCCAUUAUCCUCGAUUUGUUGCCUGUUUGCCUGUUCUACGCUUAGUCCUUAAAAUCUCCAUUAGUGGUAAUGAUUUUGCCCCGAAGCACUUGAUAUACCGGAAACAAGGAUGACGAUGACGAUGAUGAUGAUGCUGUUGUUCACUUUGGGGAAGUGUUUUUGCUGUCACCGGUUCACAGAAACGUCAACAAGUUUGCUUGCGUCUACUGCGUUUGUUUUUGCAUUCUGUUUGGGGGUUAAUUGUUAGUUAGCACGUCGCUAUGGAAAUUUGGCGAUAAUUUGCGUUACUCCGUCCGUGCUCGCGUUACCUAUAAGCUGAGCUGUCUGAUCUGUUAUCUAGUGUAGUUUUGUUACGCUUUCGCGUCUGAAUGGUGAUAGUUCUGGGAUUUCUAGAUUUUCUUUAUGUGUGUGUGUGUGUUAUUAUCAAUCAGCGAAAGAGUUUAUCUUUCUGUUUUUUUUUGGACGACUUCUGCUGCGUUCAGCUGGCUUAAAAGUUAAACGUAAGUAAACAAGUUUCGGUUUUUGUAUUUUCUUUUUGCCUUCCGAUGCCAUUCUGGAGUAAUGUUUUGGAAUGUUUGAUACAGAGACUUAUAGGACAAAUAAUUGAAAAAACUCCUUCCUAUUGCCAAAUGGAGAGUAGCCAAUCGGAAAAGAGGGCACGCACAU